AUGUCACCAAGCUCAGCCUCAAUCGACGACCCAACACAAUCUCCAACCGGAUCGGAAACACCAUCACUAGCCUCAUCGAAUGACUCUUCACCUCUGGGAGAUUCUCGAGCACCUCUAGGCAUGCUAUCAAUCGAUCUGGAGCCAGGCACCGCAUACGACCCCUCACUUGAUGGGACAUCCGUUGCGUCAAACACCUCGAAUGGAGUACGUCCAACAGACAAGAGCCAACUGAGUGAAGAAACGAUAGCUGAGGCCCUUCGCCUGAAAAGUGAAGCUAAUAAGCGGUUCACCGCAUCUCAAUACCAAGAGGCCCUCGAUCUGUAUACUCUCUCUAUCAACUUAAACCCAUUUGACGCGACAGUUUGGUGCAACCGUUCUGCCGUCCGGUUGAAGCGAGAAGAGCAUGGCUUGGCAAUCAUGGACACUUCCAAAGCCAUUGAGUUGGACCCCAAGUAUGUCAAGGCAUACUUCAGGAGGGCAACUGCACAAUUGAGCAUUAUGAAACCUCAGUUAGCCAUCAAAGAUUUCAAAAAAUGUAUGGCCCUUGAUCCAAACAAUUCCGCUGCCAAGGUUCAACUAGAUGCCACAACGAAACUAGUCAGAAGACUGGAUUUUGAAAAGGCGAUAGCCUCAGAAGAUGAAGAAGCUACUUCAAAGCGGAUCCAGAAGCUGAUCUCAGAAGGCGCCUGCGAGCUCGAUGCUUCAUAUACAGGACCAAUGUUGGAAAAAACGGGGAAUGGAUGGAAACCGUCAUUGAAGUUCAUUGAGGAAAUGCUGGAGUGGUUCAAAGCUGGCAAACUAUUGCCCAAACGAUGGGUAUACGAGAUCAUCUUGGGGUGUUACGAAGUUUUGAAAAAGGAAGCUAGCUUGACUGAAUACACAAUCCCCAAAGGUGAAACUUGUGACGUGAUUGGGGAUACCCAUGGUCAAUUCUUCGAUGUUCUACACCUUUUUUCGUUAACUGGUCUUCCCUCCGAAACGCACGCUCUCGUCUUUAAUGGCGAUUUUGUCGAUCGGGGGAGCUGGAGUACGGAGGUUGUCUUGACAGUGUUUGCGUUAAAAUGGUACAUGCCCCACAAGGUUUUCCUUAACCGUGGUAACCACGAGACUGCCGAUAUGAAUAAGGUUUAUGGAUUCGAAGGCGAGACCAAGAAGAAAUACAGCGAGCUGUGCUACAAGCUGUUUGAAGAAGUCUUCUGUGCCUUGCCACUAUGCUGCCUCGUGACUGCCUCUCAACAACCCGAACCGGUAUCGAAAGUGCCAGGAAAACCGUUCUUUGAUCCUCAAGGACGGAAGCGUUUUUUCAUCGUUCAUGGGGGCUUGUUUUCGAAGGACCAGGUGUCGUUUGAUGAGUUGCGGAAGAUUCCUAGGAUGGUUAGAAAACAGCCGGGCAGUGAAGGUUUGAUGAUGGAGUGUCUCUGGACCGAUCCUCAGGACGCCCGCGGACGUGGGCCUUCCAAACGCGGUGUCGGAUUGGGAUUCGGACCGGAUAUCACAGAGGAUUGGUGUCGUCAUUCUGGUGUCACUGCUGUCAUCAGAUCGCAUGAAGUGCGAGACGCGGGUUACUCGGUUGAACACGAUGGCCGAUGUAUCACUGUUUUCUCAGCGCCAAAUUAUGUUGAUCAAGUAGGCAACCAGGGCGCCUUUGUUCGGAUCAACGAGCAUGGAACCUUGCAGUUCACUUCUUACAAACACCAACCUCAUCCGAACAUUAAGCCGAUGGCUUACGCUGGCGGGUUUAUGGGCUUGGGUGGAAUGAUCUGA